AUGCAAAAAUCAGUGAAUUUGGAUGAGAGGAUAAAUGUGGAUAAUUAUUUCCGAGAAUAUCCAUUCGCCGAGUCUGAUAUAAGCACAGAAGUUGUCGAAGUUCCAGGGCACAAGGAAACGGAAAAAUGUGUAACAGAGUGUGAGCGUUUCGGCUCUAAAAGUUGUCAAUUAGCAGGAACUCCAAAAAUUAUUCAAAUUGGCCUAGCACGAGGAUGUAAUGAUCACGUGGAAUUGAAGUUGAUUGUUUUGCCCGAGAUGGUGACUAAUAUUUCCGUUUAA